CGAAUGCAAACCGAGUCACACUGCUCUCUCUUCUCACAUGCCACCACAUACUGACCGUCUUGAAGAUGAGGAGACUUCCAGUCUAUCCGACUACGACUCGGAAUGGACUCAAGUAUCUGGCACGGAAGACGACAGUGAUUUCCCACCUCUCACAGCCAUAUCAGACCGCCCGUCUUCCCGUGCGGAUACGAUCGAUGGCAGCGUCGAUGGAGACUUGUGGGAGGGAUUCAUAGACGGUAUUAGCAGGCAGCCUAGUCAAUCGAGCGAGGAAACGCGUCCAUUAGACGUUGACGCCACAGAUGCGACUCCUGAAGACGCCGAGGCUCUUAAUGCUAGUGUUGCCCCACGAGCUAGCGAGGACGAGAUAGUCAACGAUGCACUUGAUAGCAGCCUCGUUGGGACACUUAGGGCUUCCAGGAUCCGCUCAAGAGCAUCUUCUUUGCAUACUUCCUUGACGGAGUCUCAAUCCAAGCUUAGGCUGUCUUUUCCUGACCCACUCAGUUCUAGGGAGGAUCUUGAUUCCGACCAUGCCACUCAAGACGCAUCGGCUCCACCGAGCUCGGUUGAAGAACAUUGUGAGAAUGCUAUUACAGAAGAUACAUCAUCCUCGUUUGCAGAUAUUGAGCCUCCGGCAGUGCUGAGUGUCUCGGAGAUGGCCGAUGAAACAAUGACUCCAGCUGCUCCAGCUUCUGCAAUUUCAGACUCUGCGCAGUGUGUCCUAUAUCUUUACCUGUAUGGUUCGGCGACUUCAUCGAAAUGGAACGCUGCAGAGAAGAUUAUGAUUUUAUUUUUGCAACGGGACAAUGAUACACCUUCAUACGUCGAAGAAGACUCUACUCGUCACUACUAUUUCAGAUAUUUUCGUUUUGGCGACCCUAGUGGCGCUGUUGACAAACAAGAAUAUUCUGUGCGCGUUAUUGAUCGCACGUCAGAGUCCUCCGAAAUGGAGUCUACUAGUGUACCGGAUGAUAUACCAACCUUAGCACUCAUUUUACUUCCCGCGCGCUUGUCUGCGGUUCUUCCAAGACACAGUUUCUAUCUUCCCCUCAUCAGUCAUUCUUCUUUGGACUUCGGUUCCGAGGCACCAAUUGCUUCGCCCGCUUUUUCAGAGCAAGUUACGAUUGACUCUGCUCGUUAUACUUUGAAAAGGCUUGAUCUUCCGAAAGAGGAUAUAAUUACAUUGGAUGCAAAAUGUCCCAAAGCUAUUAUGGACGUGUCUGCAUUAGACCGUCUCGACCGAGCAUCCUUAGCGCAAGCCUUCUCUAUUGUAUUCAGUAGGGCGGGUGUGAGGGAAGAGUCACGUAAAGGUUAUGAGGGAGUGCGACUAUUUGGCAAUAUAUGGUACACACUUGCUUUUGUUGCAGCGUCGUUAUUGGCUAUCACUAUUGGUGGCUUUCAAGUCCACAGGAGCUCAGUACCGUCACCCACGUUCAUCUGUAUAAAGAGCAGACCAACUGCCAGUGACUCAGCUACCUCAGUGAAGUUUACCAGCACACUUUCAACUUCCUUAAUCCCGUCAGAAGAUGUCACUGGCGCUAGUCGCCCCAUGCAUACGCCUCUAGCGACUAUUAUUACAGAGGCGUCUGUACGCAAUGCUCUUGCUUCAAUUGACAGGAAGACGGACGUGCUGAAGCUAACUGACAUUGUUCGUGGAGUUAUUUCGGUAAAGACCGAGUCGUCAGUACCAAGCACGAGCAUCCCUGAGCCGUCUAGUGGUCGGACCAAAGCUCAAUCAUGGGCUAACAAACUCAAUCUCGGCAUAGGCGAAUAUAUCCCUAGAGACCUGAUAGUCUGGCCCGUUAACGUCAUAGGCAAAGGAAGCAAGGAGUCCACAUCGUCACAGAUACAUGCGGGUAAAGUUACCGAGCGUUGCCCUUCUGGAAAUUGCAUUAAAUCACUCAGUCUACGUGCCGUACACAACUCACUGGCCGUUGUUUCAUCCACGAGGAAGGCAUUGAAGAAGGCUGCGGGAAGGGAUAUGACUGUGGUUUACGAGGCGAUUGAUGAGCUUUUGAAUGCUCUCGGGCGCCAGAUUAACUCUGCGAAGGCUGAGAUGAAGGAUGCAAAAAGCGUGGCCUUAUCGAGCUUCUCGUUCCGUAACAUGCGCGCGAAGGAAAACGCCAAACGUCUACGCCAGGCGGGCGAGCACUUUAUCAAAGCUGCUGGUGAACGUUUGCGAAACAAGGGAGAGGAGGUAAUGAACAUGGCGAGCCAGGUGCGUGAGAGCGCAAAGGCCAUCCGCCAAGACGCUAUUAAUUCGCGUCAGUCAAGGCGUAUGCGCCGAAAAGAAAGACAGCGGCUACGAAAUGAUCGGUCUGGAGCAAAGGAUGGGAAUUGGAAAGGGAGACAGGGACGGGCGCAGAAGAAGCACGACCGGGGCUUGCGACGACAGCAGCGCCGACAGCAGCACUCAAGCGAGUGACUUAGCUGAGAUUUCCACAUGAACGAUCUGGCGGGACAUUCUUUGUGCUCGGCAAUUUUUUUGUUUUGCUGGCUUCUGGCGUUGGCUGUUUGAUCGUGGCUGUAUGCAUUGGACGUUGUGCAUGUGUUUCAGCUUCUGAACGUUGGCUUUCCCGGGCUGCGUUCAGUUCAGUGUUGUAAUAUUAAUAAGUUGUAAAUGUAUAGGUUGAUGUAUAAGAUAACUAAAUGCAGAACAAUAACCCAGCUCAAGUU